CAGCGGGGAGGAGGACUCUGAAAGGACAGGGACAUCUGGGAAGGAGAGAGAAGGCUGCAGACCUAGCAGGAGGGAGAACGAGAAGUCAGGAGGGAGAGAAGGGAGGAGGGCACGCAGACGCAGGGGAAGAGAAAGGGCAAGGAGGUAAACUUGGGUGGGAAGAAGACACUCAGGAGAGAAGGAGUGAGGCAGGGAUGAAGCUACAGGGGUCUCUGGCCUGCUUCCUGCUGGUCCUGUGCCUGGGCAGUGGGGAGGCUGGCCCACUGCUGAGUAGAAGGGAGAGUGCCGGAGCAGGGGCCGGGGAGGCCACUGGACAUGGGAUGGGAGAUGCCGUCGGGCCCAGAGCCGGGGAGGGCGAUGCUCUCACCCAUGGGGUUGAGGAAGCGGCCCAUGAGCUUGGAAACACUGGCAGUGAGGCUGGCAGGCAGCCUGAGGACAUCGUUCGACAUGGGGUGGAUACUGCCCACAGCUCCCGCCAGGAGAUGCCCGGUGCUUUGGGACCUGUGGCCCAACCUGGUUACGACUCAGUGAGAGGCAGCAACAACCCAAAUGCAGAGGGAAGCAGCAGUAGUGGCGGCAGCGGUGGCGGCAGCGGUGGCAGCAGCACUGGUGGUGGCAGCAGUGGUGGCGGCAGCGGCAGUGGUGACAACGGUGGCAGCAGCACUGGUGGUGGCAGCACCGGUGGCGGCAGCGGCAGUGGUGACAACAGUGGCGGCAGCAUUGGUGGCGGCAGCACCGGUGGCAGCAGUGGCAGUGGUGACAACAGUGGCGGCAGCACUGGUGGCGGCAGCAGUGGUGGCAGCAGUGGCAGUGGUGACAACAGUGGUGGCAGCAUUGGUGGCGGCAGCACCGGUGGCAGCAGUGGCAGUGGUGACAACAGUGGUGGCAGCAUUGGUGGCGGCAGCACCGGUGGCAGCAGUGGCAGUGGUGACAACAGUGGCGGCAGCAUUGGUGGCGGCAGCACCGGUGGCAGCAGUGGCAGUGGUGACAACAGUGGCGGCAGCAUUGGUGGCGGCAGCACCAGUGGCAGCAGCGGCAGUGGUGACAACAGUGGCGGCAGCACUGGUGGCGGCAGCAGUGGUGGCGGCAGCGGCAGUGGUGACAACAGUGGCGGCAGCACUGGUGGCGGCAGCACCGGUGGCGGCAGCGGCAGUGGUGACAACGGUGGCAGCAGCACUGGUGGCAGCGGCACCGGUGGCGGCAGCGGCAGCGGUGACAACCGAGACGGCAGCAGUGCUGGCAGCAGCAAUAGCAGUUCUGGGCCCAGCUGGGUACACAAGCCCGGCUCCUCCCCGGGUACAGCCUGUGGAAGUGCUAUCGAAAUGAACCCCGAGUGUGACAACUCACGCGGUAGAGACCCCGUGUCCCGGGGAACUGGGGGUCAGGGACAAGGGUCCAGUGGAAGAAGUGAAGCUGUCAGUAGAACCACCACCCCGAACCCUGAGAUGUCUACUGAGGUCUUCAACUUCGACACUUUCUGGAAGAAUUUAAAAUCCAAGCUGGUUUUCAUUAACUGGGAUGCCAUCAGCAAGGGCCAAGUUCCUCGCCCCAGCACACGGGCGCUCCUCUACUUCAGUCGACUCUGGGAGGAUUUCAAACACAACACUCCUUUCUUCAACUGGAGAGCGAUUAUUGAGGGCCCGAAUGUGUCAUCGCUCCACAAGAGGGCAGGUGGUGCUACUCCGGUGCCUGGUGCAGGAUUGGAAGAUGUGGCAGCUGUAACUCCUAAGGAUAGUUAUAACCAGUUAUACCCUACGGUCGUUGGGAAGCAGUACUCAGUCAAGUACCCCACUAAGGCGGGAGUCACAGCUUCUUCCUCGGCUUCGCGGGUGGGACCUGACCUGCUGCGGUGGGUGAAGUUUUGGUAGAAAAUCACUUCCAGACGCCACUGAGGACCUGAAACCUGUCAGUCAUCAAGGAACCGGACUGUGCCCCUCCCCCAGCUCUUGGUCUGGGUGUUGACAGCUGCUUUUUCUAGGUUGGGGACCUGUCUCUCCGUCCCUUAUUUCCUCCCACCCACUGUGGUGUCUCCUUGGCCAUCUGCCUCAGCGGAUAUACCAGCCAUUUCUUUACCUGCUCCAUUUUGUGACCUGAAGUCACCGUGAUAGAAAUUCAGGGUGUGCAUCUUACUGUAGAGCUUCUCCGUGGAAAUAAAACAUCAAUCUUGUUUCCCUAA